AUGCCCGCCCUUCUUCACCUCAUUCUUCCGUCUCUUAUCACCUACGGAGCGGCGGCGCUCAACGCUCCCGCCAUUUUACAGCGUCAACAGUCCCCGCCCGCCGACGACGACCUUAUCGACCCAGUGCUGCAACCCUACUGCGAUUUCUCCUUCUGUUGGCACUGGGGGAGACCACCCCCAGAGCUCUGCCCGCUGGUUCAAAGCUCCUGCGCCAACGACAGCUUCGCCUCGGACAAUAUGGCGGUUCAAGACGGUUUGAACGGCAAGAGACCAAAAUGCGGCAUCAUGCAAUACCAGCGUGACUGCUACUGCAGCCUCAAGACGAGCCUCUCGUGCGCGUGGAAUUGCACGUGGGAAAUAUGGUUUGAGACGGAGGACUGGUUCGCUUCGGUCUGCCCGGACGCCCCGGCGGCAAAGCCGAUCGAUUUCUCCGGGCUUCCGGCGUGCGCGAGAGACUGCCUUGACGACGCCGUCUUCCAGUCCGGAUGCCUGACGCAGACGAGUAAUUGUUUCUGCUCAUACGGCGAUCUGUUUGGCUGUCAUGAGAAGUGCGAGGAGGAAGGGGACCGGCGGCGCAUCGCCGAAUGGCUACGGGCCGUGUGCGACAUCACGCAAGCCAAGGCGGCCGAGGCGCUGGCCACGGGUAAGUUCUCGCCGGGGCAGCCCUUCUUGAAACAAGGCGUCGACGGGGGCAAGGUGAGUCCGCUGCAGCCGGCGAAGAAGCAGCUCAGGUGGGAUGAGGUAUUUGUGGUGACUGCCGUGAGUUUGGCUGCGCUGAUUGGCGUGGUUACUUGGCUUUACAACUGGUGCGCGGUGAGACCCAGGCGGAAGAUUCGCAAGUCAUAG